CUCAGCCACGCUUCAUCAAAAUGCAACGAAGUCUAUUCCAUACUGCUUCUCAGCUGGCACAUGGGACGUACUUGGUUCUUCCUCGCACUGGUAUCUUUCAGUGCUUAAAAGGACAAUCAGCAUUGUCUAAUAUUGGAUGCAAAGUGAUUUUGGCACUGGACCCUCCUAAACGAUGUCUUCAUAGAGGUGCAGCAUGCUUCGCCUCAAAUAAAAGUGCUUCUUCAUCACAGCCAGCAGACAGUCCUCACAAAGUACUAGAAGAGGGAAAUCGUUUGACUUCGGCCACUGAUACACCCAAGCAGAGCCCUGUAGAAUCAGAUUCUUCAGAACCUGAUCCAUUACAAGACAAAUCAAUUAGUCUUGUUCAGAGAUUUAAGAAAACUUUUAAACAGUAUGGAAAAGUCAUGAUUCCCGUGCAUCUUCUGACUUCCACUGUGUGGUUUGGAUCCUUUUACUAUGCAGCUAUGCAAGGAGUGAAUGUUGUUCCUUUCCUAGAGUUGAUUGGCUUACCAGACAACAUAGUGAACAUCCUGAAAAAUUCCCAGAGUGGAAAUGCACUAACUGCGUAUGCAUUGUAUAAAAUUGCAACUCCUGCCAGAUACACUGUGACUUUGGGAGGAACAUCCAUCACUGUUAAGUAUCUACGUAAGCAUGGCUACAUGUCCACACCACCACCAGUAAAGGAAUAUAUACAAGAUAGGAUGGGGGAAACAAAGGAUAAGAUUACAGAGAAGAUGGAGGAAACAAAAGAUAAGAUUACAGAGAAGAUGGAGGAAACAAAGGAUAAGAUUACAGAGAAGAUGGAGGAAACAAAGGAUAAGAUUACAGAGAAGAUACAAGAAACCAAAGAUAAAGUUUCUUUUAAAAAAAUAAAGGAGUAG